UCUACCCGGAAGCAGAAGCGAAGCGGACGGGAAAGAUGGUCUCCCUCCUGUUCAGGUGUUAUUCCCGGCUGCCGUCGGCCGUCACGCUGACCCGGUUCGGUUUACACCAGAACCUGGGUCGGAAUCCCCAGCGCUGCGUAGCCCGGACGGGUAACGUGACGGCGGGCCGGUCCUACGGCUCGGAGCGGGAGCAGAACCCGCCGAAGCAGAAGGUGGUGGUGGUCGGCAUCCCCAACCCGUUCAUCUGGUUCCGGACCCGCAUCUACUACUUCCUGAUCAGAACCUACUUUGACCGAGACUUCAGCAUCGAGGAGUUCACGGAGGGAGCCAAGCAGGCCUUCUCCCACGUCUCCAGACUUCUGUCUCAGUGUCAGUUCCAGGCUCUGGAGGGGCUCGUGGCUAAAGAUCUGAUUGGAAAGCUGGAGGAGAAAUGCAGCUCGCUGCCGUUGGACUUCCAGAAAGCUCUGUCUGCAGAUCCUGAUGAGAUCAUGUACACCACGCCGGGGGACGUGGGCAUCUUCUACGACACCAACGGCAGGAAGUUCGUCAGCAUUCUGAUGCGGUUCUGGUACCUGACGAGCGCGCGGCUCCCCGACGACGGCAUGGAGGGAACCCGCGUCUUCAAGGUCGCCAUCGGAGACGGCGAGGCGGAGACCAAGAGGCUGCUGACGGCGAUCUACGAAUUCCAGAGGGAGUUCACCAAAGGGGUUCCCCCGGACUGGACCAUCACCCGCAUAGAGCACUCCAAGCUUCUGGACUAGGCUCCGGUUCUGAAGCAGCCCUGACCACGAGUCCGCUCCAGUGUGAGCAGAACCGAGAGUCCUCCAGAGGAGACGGGACGCAGCUCCGGUCCACAGGCGUCUCCUCCCACAGAACCAGCUGCCCUGAACCGGGUCGGGCCUCCUGACCGGGUCUGGUACCGUGACGCCUGCAGUCCACACUCCCAGGUUCCUCUGGAAGACGAGCGCAGAGGAAAUGUGGCGGCGCUGACGGCCCAUCAUGUUAGGAAAUAAAACCUUUUAAUCUGCUUUAUUUCAGAGGAAACUUUCAACAACAUGUUUUAUUUCAGUUAGAACAUCAGAACUUUAGGAGAUUAAAUAAACGGAUCAGCUCCAAUCUAA